UUCAUUUCUGCCGGUGCCGCUGGAGGCACAGCACAUAGCAAGAGGCAUAACAUGACGCACAAGGAGCCGGGACACACACACACAUGGCUUUCAAAUGGAUUACUCUGACACACACGUGAAGUCCAACAAAGCGAGGACAAUACAGUGAGCAGGCACACACCGGACUUGCCCUGAACUCUUUGGCACACUGACAGUUAAAGGAGAAUUAAGUGGCAUUUCUUGUGCGUCCUGCUUGAUUCAUUCAGCAGUCAGCUGAUUUUACUCUGAGCAGAGGGACUCGAGCUGACAGCAGUGAGGAUGUGAGUGUUUUGGGGCAGCUUCUCUGCAACCACUGAAGGGGAUCACAAUCACCGAGAGGGGGGCAAAAUACACCAAGAGAGAGAAAAGGACACGCGUGAGAAAGCUUACCAUGCACUGACAACAAGGAAUGGAAAGCAUCAGUUUGGAAACGGACUGGGAUGGGUUAGCCCUCUCCUCUCUGGUCGCUGCAGGAAGGAACAACUUCUCCUCGUCCUUGUUUGUCUCUGAAUUGAACUCCCUCAAUAGCUCUCACGGCGGGGGAUCCUUCUUCGGGAUCUUCCCUGAGAAUGGCUCAACCACCACGCCUCACACUGUACCCCAGCCCAGGGUGAGGGACCCGGGCCUGGCCCGGGCAGAGAUCACAGUCCUUGCAUUGGUGCUGGCUCUUACCACCCUGGGGAACAGCUUCGUGCUGUGGGUGCUGCUGAGGAGGAGGAAGCACAAUGCACCGAUGCACGUGUUCAUGGUCAACCUGUGCGUGGCUGACCUGGUGGUGGCACUCUUUCAGGUUCUUCCCCAGCUAAUAUGGGAUAUCACCGAGAGGUUUCAGGGGCCUGACCUGCUCUGCCGGUCCAUCAAGUAUCUGCAGAUUGUGGGCAUGUUUGCUUCCUCCUACAUGAUUGUUGCCAUGACAGUAGACCGGCACCAUGCCAUCUGCUGCCCAUUGCAGGCUUACCGUGGGGGAGCAAUGUCCCGCUGGAACACCCCUGUCAUGGUGGCCUGGGGCUUGGCGCUGGUCCUCAGCAUACCGCAGGUGUUCAUCUUCUCUCGCACAGAAGUGAAUCACGGAGAGUACGAGUGCUGGGGUCACUUCGCCGAGCCGUGGGGGCUGAAGGCCUACGUCACCUGGAUGACCGUGGCAGUCUUCCUCCUGCCUGCCCUCAUCAUUACCAUCUGUCAGAUAAGAAUUUUCCGAGAGAUUCACAAUAACAUCUACCUUAAGUCAGAGAGGAUGGUGACGGCCGAGAUGAAGAAGAACGAAAUCCUGUUCCGCUUCCACGGCUUCAAGAAGGAGGACGAGCGGGCGAGGGAGAGGGGGAGCCGGGCAUCUGGGGGCGGAGGGGGGAGGGGAGGACAGCUCUUAAAGGGUGUGAAUAACAACCCUCACAAUACCAACCAUAACAGCCAAGUAGCAUCAGCUAUUCAGUACAACAGUUGCUGUGGUGAACACGACACAACAACAACAUCGCCUACGCAGCAGCAAAUACUGACCAGCUCCGAUUGCCACGAGUCGUACUCGUCCUAUGAGCUGAACUCAGGCUCACCCCGCCGCUCCCUCGACUACGCACCCCCUCAACCCCCAGCCACUCCGCCUCCGAGCAUCACCAAAGCCAUGUCCAAGACAGUGAGGAUGACCCUGGUCAUCGUGCUGGUCUACACUAUCUGCUGGUCACCGUUCUUCAUCGUCCAGCUGUGGGCAGCCUGGGACCCAAACCCUCCUAACCAAGGAGUGGCCUUCACCAUCCUGAUGCUGCUGGCCAGUCUGAACUCGUGUACCAACCCGUGGAUCUACACGGCUUUCUCCAGCAGCGUGUCCAGAGAGCUGCAGAGUUUGCUGCAGUGCCGGUCGGGACCCGGCCGCCGGGGCUCCCUUCCCGAUGACUCCACCACCACGCACACCUCCACCACCAAGGACAGCCUUUACUGACAGAGACUGAUGCGACUGAGAAUGACACACAGUGACAUGUUUGAAAAGGCAUGCAUGGGUGCACACGCGCCCUGUUGCAAGGGCGUGCUGUUGCGCACGACUCGGCCACCGCUGGCGCUGCCGGAGAGUGCUGACCUCUACCAGAUGUUUCCAACAACAAAGGACAGCUGUACUGUCAACAGGACCUCUAUCUGUAAUCACCUGUCCUCUCCACCCGAGCAGGAGGAGGGCUGUCAUUGAAGAUGUCAACACCAUUUUAUGAGGGCGCUGUGGAAUACACUGUACAGCGGCAGUCAGUGACAGCAUCUGCAAUGCAAAAUGGCCUUGAGAGUAAAAAAGAUUUUCACCUCAGCCGUGGUUGAGUAGGACUCUGUGUGUUGAUUGAACAGAUGAACUAUGAGAAAAACUUGCCCUGCUCAGACAGAGCAGAGCCGAAGGAAUUCAAGGGGUGGGUCAAGGCAUUAAUGGCCUUACGGCAUGCCUAAUACACAAAGCAGCAGACAAAGCUAUGGGUGGAGAGAAAACAAAGCGGCAGGCUGAGGGAAAUGGAAAGAGAGACAGAGACCGACAGCAAGAGAGCACGAGACAGCUGCUGGACUGAGAACAGACGGCGGGAUGACAUGGAUGUUACAGCUGAAGGAGCGGCCCUGAGAAGGCUGCAGUUGAAAUCUAAUAAUGUGAACAAACUUUGUUAGAACACAGAAAGUGGAUUACUGAAGGAUGCUCGAGGCUGAAUUCAUAUUCACUCAGGAGUUCCAAAGAACAAUAGUGAUUUGUUAGCAGGACGGAUGGAGAUUCACUCAUGAGGACAGCGCAGUGGAGUCGAGAAACUGCCCAAACGAGACACUGGAGCAAUGUGGGUUAACGCAGCAGACAGGAGGAGGGGGUAGACCCAGGAGAAUACAAACAAACAAGCCAGGUUUCCCCAACCAGCCGGGACACAAUAAUGUGAUUAUAUUUUGUGCAAACACAGCAUAUGAGGUACACGGAUUUACCUUCCUGCCGUACGCUCUCGGUGAACGAUAAUCCGGAGACAGCGGAGGGAAAAUAAACACUCAACAGCAUUCCAUGUGCGCUGAUGAACAAUGUAAAGUAUGUUUAUUGAAAAUGUAGGGCACAUUAGUUAUCGUUACUUUUUUGUGUAAGAUAAAUCUUGAAUGUUAAUCAUGCUGGUCCGAUAUGUAUAGUAGAAAAAAAAAACAAGGGAGGCGUCAAACCAAAUAUUUUUUUUAAAGCUCAGCUGUAGAAUCAACUUAGGUCUCAAUAGCAGAAAUGUUACGCUCUAACAUGAGGUCAAGCCAAGUGCCUGUAAUGUCCGGAGACAUUAGCAGAGGGGCCUCCCUCACUGGAUUAAUCUCUGAAUGAUGUCAGCCAUGUUAUUGUUAGACACAGCAGGUUAUAUCACACCACGA